UUCAUAAGCCAUCCCGCCUGAAAUCACACAUGCUGACUCACACCGGGGAGAAACCCUACAGUUGUGACGCGUGUAAGAAGCAGUUUAGGGACAAAGAAGCUUUGACAGCCCACGUCCUAGUUCACUCUGUUGAGAAGCCGUUCAGCUGUGACAAGUGCGAUAAAAGCUUUCCUAUACGUCGUUACCUCCGUAGGCACAUGCUCAUUCACACCGGGAAGAAAACCUGCAAGUGUGAGGUGUGUGGCAAAGUCCUCGGGGAUCAACGUUCUCUGCAGGGACACAUGGCGACCCACACUGACAAGAAACCCUACAAGUGUGACGUGUGCGACAGGCAGUUUACUCAAAAGGGAGCCUUAAAGGUGCACAUGUAUACCCACACUGGGAACCAACCAUAUGCUUGUGAGCAGUGCGGGAAAAAGUUCAGUCAACUGUACCACCAACAAAGGCACAUGAAAACAAAACACAGUGGGGAGAAAACAGCUGCAGGUGCAAGUGCAAAACACAGUGGGGAGAAAACAGCUGCAGGCACAAGUGCAGAAGACACUGAACAAGACAGCGAGGCGAAGUUGAGACCCCACCAGUGCGAGACGUGCGGCAAGCGAUUUACUACAAGAUCCAAGCUGAUUAGCCACGUUCGAACUCACACCGGUGAAAGACCCUACGACUGUGACGAGUGCGUCAGGUCGUUUGUAGACAAAGAAUCCCUGAAGAGACAUAAGUUGUCUCACUCGGAUGAGAAACGCUUCAUGUGUGAAAAGUGUGGCAAGGGAUUCAACCGAAGUCAGCACCUGAAGGUCCACAUGAAAACCCACACUGGCGAGAGGCCCCACAAGUGCCCCGAGUGUGGAAAGGGCUUUUACGAGGUCGGCGCUCUAAACCUUCACCUACGGACUCACACUGGGGAAAAACCCUUCAUGUGUGACGAGUGUGGCAAACAGUUCAGUCAACAGGCCAUCUUACGCGUACACAAAAAGAUCCACAGGGGUGAGAAACCGUUUGUUUGUGUUCAGUGUGGGAAGCCGCACAGUCAGCUGGCACAUCUACAGAGACACAUGUUGAUUCACACUGGGGAGAAACCUCAUGCAUGCGGAGAGUGCGGGAAAUGCUUUAGAUCGCAAGAGUACCUCAAGAAGCACAUGCAAACCCACACCGGUGAGAAACCGUACACUUGUGACGAGUGUAACGGUCGGUUCAGCCAGGCCAGUGCUCUGAAGAGGCACAAGUCGACCCACACUGGUGAGCGACCCUACAGCUGCCAGCAUUGUGCCAAGAAAUUCAGCCGAAAGGACCACCUGAACAACCAUAUGAAGACUCACUCUGACUGUGCAGACAAUUCUGAAGGAGCUUCUGAUUAGAACAAGAAUUGUGGACAGCAUUUUACAGAUUGGGGCACACAGAAAUAUGAAUAAUUUUCUUUAUCUUAUCUAUUAAAUUAACCAGGUUGCUCACAUCCCCAUACGUGUAUCUUGGAGAGAGAUCUCCAUGCCAGCUAGGGCAACAACUCAUCAAAAUAUACAGAAAGAUGAUAAAUGUGUACCAGUAGAAUGAAUACUUGCUGUCAUAUAUGUACAUAUUAACACAUAUGAUAGGGGUGUUAGCACUAACAUAUUUUUGCAGGGCACAUAUUUUUGCAUAUAACAUGUAAAGGUGUAACAUGUAAAGGUGAAUAUUCUUGACAUUUCUCAUUAAAAAACGCAUUGUUGUAUUGCCAUUAUUAUCUUUUCCCAGUACAAGCGAGUUUUGAACCCAGAUGUUAGGUUGGGUUGUAGUCUGUCUUGAAUUGUUGUACUGAAGUAUAAAAGUAGUUCAUUUUGUACCUGUAUUAAUACUAUUCGGAGCAAAUCAUACUUCCGAGCAAGUGAUGAUUUCUGUGUUGUAUACAUGCUUCAAGUACUACGAGUAAUAAAGUAUAUGGUAGAAAAUUAA